CCCCCCCCCCCCCUCCAGAUCUUCCUCUCCGUCUCUGGAGUGCCUCUUUGAAGUUGAACCCUCCUCCCUUCCUUUUUCUUGUUAAACCUCCUCAACACCAGCCCUAAAACUAUUUUAUAUACAGUUCAGUGAUUCAUGGAUAAGGUUGAAAGAGAGACUCAUGACUUUAUGAAUGUGGAAUCCUUCUCUCAGCUUCCAUUCAUCCGCCCCGCACCCGUCAAAGAAAAGGGCAUUCGCCUCUUCGGCAUAGAAUUCGGCAGCAACAACGACAGUCCAGCAGCUGACGAGUCUGAGUCAGCCGAAACUAAUGAAGACACCGUGAAAGAAAGCGAGAGUAGUGACAACAACCGAAGAUUUGAAUGCCAUUACUGUUGCAGAAACUUCCCUACUUCCCAAGCCUUAGGUGGCCACCAAAACGCGCACAAAAGAGAGCGUCAGCACGCGAAACGUGCCCACCUCCAGUCGGCCAUGGCUCACAACAGCCUUACAGAUGCACACUAUUAUGGCCUUGUAAACUACAGGAUAGAUUCAACUCCGAGCUCAGCCAUGACUUAUCCUUCAUGGAAUAGCCACUCUAACACUAGCAGGUUUUACGGCAGUCAUGGCUCCUAUUCACAACAACCUAUCAAUGGAAGUCCAUUAGGCUUGUGGCGGAUCCCGGCUAUUCAUGGUGGUGGUACUUUCCAUCAUAGUGACCGUUCGAUGCAUCAUCCAUUACCAUUAUUUGCAGGUGAGGAAUUGAAACCCUCACCGGCCGGUACUGGUUCAAGCUCGCAAGGGCGGUAUGGAUAUGAUUCCAAGCCGAGCGCGCAAGACCAUGUUAGUUUAGAUCUUCAUCUGUAAUUUGAUAAGUAGGAUAAAAGAGAGAACCUGAGAUUUUUCCUAAGAUGGUCAUCAAAGCUUUUAAUGUAAAAAAUGAGGCAAUUCUUCUAUGGAGAGACUCAUGACCACUAGUGUAAUCUUGAGGCAAUUCUUCUACCUUCUUCUAACUUAGUAUUAAUUUCUUUUGUAAAUGAAAUGAUUUACGUA